AUUGUGGAAAAAAAGUAAAGCCAUCGUUUACCAAAGAGAACAUAGAAACAGAGAGAGAAGAAUAUCUCGAACAUUUCGCGAAGUUCUUCACAGAGCUAGAGAGAGAUUGUUCUUCCCGUCUUCCGUUCCUCUCCCUAGAUCUUCUGAUUCACUUUCCCUACUCAAGCUUCAGCCAUGGCUAAUGCGGCAUCCGGUAUGGCUGUACAUGAUGAAUGUAAGCUUAAGUUCUUAGAGCUGAAAACCAAGAGAACUUACAGAUACAUUGUAUAUAAGAUUGAAGAGAAGCAAAAGCAAGUGAUUGUGGAAAAAGUUGGCGAGCCAAGUCAAAGCUAUGAAGAUUUCACAGCUUGUCUUCCUGCUGAUGAAUGCCGAUACGCGGUUUAUGAUUUUGACUUCCUCACUAAAGAGAAUGUCCAGAAGAGCAGAAUUUUCUUCAUUGCUUGGUCUCCGGACAUAUCAAAGGUAAGAAGCAAGAUGAUCUACGCAAGUUCAAAGGACAAGUUCAGGAGAGAAUUGGAUGGCAUUCAAAUUGAGCUGCAAGCUACUGACCCAACUGAAAUGGGUCUCGAUGUUUUCAACAGCCGGGCUAAAUAAGAAGCCUCCUCCUGGUUAUGAAUUUCUUGUGGUGUUUGUUUUACAUUGUGAAGUGAUGAUGUUAUUCAUUUCUGGGUUUAUGAAUGUGCUUUGGUUGAUUACAUAUUGGGUUGCUUUGAGUUUUGUCAUGUAGAAUUAUGUCCAUCUGGAACAACAAAUCUUCGGUCAUUCCCCCACCACACCACCUUAUAUUGUAUGAUUUAUCGUGUGCAAUUAAUGCAAUAUCUCCCUAUGUAAUGCUACAUGAUUUUCAUCUUGUGUCAUGCCAAGAACAUGGGAGAUGAUGUUUGACCAUGUUUAGCUCCGAGGAUGCUAAUGAGUUGCUGUUUUCAAUGUCAA